AUGGAACCCGUCAAGAAGGCCACCAACUACGUCACCGAGAGCGUCCAGUCUGCCACCUCUGGUGUCUCUAAGGAGACCAACAAAGAGGUCGCCAGGGACAGCAACAAUCCCAUUGGCACCCGUGCUUCCGCUGCCAAGGAUGCACUGGGCGACAAGUUCAACGAGAGCAAGCACGAUGCCCGUGCUGAAGCGAAUAGCCCCUCUAGGGGAACCAACAACAAUCAGGGCAGCAAUCAGGGAGGCGGUAACUUGAUCUAA